CUAAUGUUUUCCUAUGUGUCCAUGUGCACAUCGUUGUUUACAGGCAGUUGAGUUUACAGUCGUUUUUUUGAACGCAACAAACUUGCGUUCAGGAGUAGAUUUUAUCAGAAUUUCAAACGCCAAAUGCUUGUAAAUGCGUCUAACUGUGUUUAUAAGCGUUUGCAUUUGGAAUUUUUUUUUAUCUCUUCCUUUUCCAGAUGCUGUCCAGAGCCUUUUUUCAUCAUGAAAAAUGCAUGCCAAGCGUUUUCCUGGUACUGAAAUGGACCUGGUACACCAUACUAUGAGGUUUCGCAUGAAAGAAAAUAUGUUAGACAU